GCAUGCGCCCCGGCCGCAGCCUCCCUGCCGCGCCAUUUUGCCGGGGUUUGAAUGUGAGGUGUGGAGCGGCGGUAGGAGUGGAGAGUGCCGGCUACAGUCCGAGACUGGGCUUCCCUUCUCCGUCCCCGCGUCCCCACGAGGCUCAAUGGCAAUGGAGCUCAGUGAUGCGAAUUUGCAAACACUAACAGAAUAUUUAAAGAAGACUCUUGAUCCUGAUCCUGCCAUCAGGCGUCCAGCUGAGAAGUUUCUCGAAUCUGUAGAAGGAAAUCAGAACUACCCAUUGUUGCUGUUAACAUUACUAGAGAAGUCCCAGGAUAAUGUUAUUAAAGUGUGUGCCUCUGUAACAUUCAAGAACUAUAUUAAAAGAAAUUGGAGAAUUGUUGAAGAUGAACCAAAUAAAAUUUGUGAAGCCGACAGAGUAGCCAUUAAAGCUAACAUAGUGCACUUGAUGCUUAGCAGCCCGGAGCAGAUUCAGAAGCAGUUAAGUGAUGCCAUUAGCAUUAUUGGCAGAGAAGAUUUCCCUCAGAAAUGGCCUGACUUGUUGACCGAAAUGGUGAAUCGCUUUCAAAGUGGAGAUUUCCAUGUUAUUAACGGAGUCCUUCGUACAGCACAUUCUUUAUUUAAAAGAUAUCGCCAUGAAUUUAAGUCAAACGAGUUAUGGACUGAAAUUAAACUUGUUCUGGAUGCCUUUGCUUUGCCUUUGACGAAUCUAUUUAAGGCCACUAUUGAACUCUGCAGCACCCAUGCAAAUGAUGCCUCUGCUCUGAGGAUUCUUUUUUCUUCCCUGAUCCUAAUCUCAAAACUGUUCUACAGUUUAAACUUUCAGGAUCUCCCUGAAUUUUUUGAAGAUAAUAUGGAAACUUGGAUGAACAAUUUUCAUACCCUUUUAACAUUAGAUAAUAAGCUUCUACAAACUGAUGAUGAAGAGGAAGCAGGCUUACUGGAGCUCUUGAAAUCGCAGAUUUGUGAUAAUGCUGCACUUUAUGCACAAAAAUACGAUGAAGAAUUUCAACGGUACCUGCCUCGUUUUGUCACAGCCAUCUGGAAUUUACUAGUUACAACAGGUCAAGAGGUUAAAUAUGAUUUGUUGGUAAGUAAUGCAAUUCAGUUUCUUGCUUCAGUUUGUGAGAGACCUCACUAUAAGAAUCUCUUUGAGGACCAGAACACGCUGACAAGUAUCUGUGAAAAGGUUAUUGUGCCUAACAUGGAAUUUAGAGCUGCUGAUGAAGAAGCCUUUGAGGAUAAUUCUGAGGAGUACAUAAGAAGAGAUCUGGAAGGAUCUGAUAUUGAUACUAGACGCAGGGCUGCUUGUGAUCUAGUUCGAGGAUUAUGCAAGUUUUUUGAGGGACCCGUGACAGGAAUCUUCUCUGGUUAUGUUAAUUCCAUGCUGCAGGAAUAUGCCAAAAAUCCAUCUGUCAACUGGAAACACAAAGAUGCAGCCAUUUACCUGGUGACAUCUUUGGCAUCGAAAGCCCAAACACAGAAGCAUGGGAUUACACAAGCAAAUGAGCUUGUAAACCUGACUGAGUUCUUCGUGAAUCACAUUCUCCCUGAUUUAAAAUCAGCUAAUGUAAAUGAGUUUCCUGUUCUUAAAGCUGAUGGCAUCAAAUACAUUAUGAUUUUUAGGAAUCAAGUACCAAAAGAGCAUCUUUUAGUCUCUAUUCCCCUCUUAAUCAAUCAUCUUCAAGCUGAAAGUAUUGUUGUUCAUACUUACGCAGCACAUGCUCUUGAGAGACUGUUUACUAUGAGAGGGCCUAAUAGCGCCACUCUCUUUACAGCUGCAGAAAUCGCACCGUUUGUUGAGAUUCUGCUAACAAACCUUUUCAAAGCUCUCACACUUCCUGGCUCUUCAGAAAAUGAAUAUAUUAUGAAAGCCAUCAUGAGAAGCUUUUCCCUCCUACAGGAAGCCAUGAUCCCCUACAUCCCUACCCUCAUCACUCAGCUCACACGGAAGCUGUUAGCUGUCAGUAAGAACCCAAGCAAACCUCAUUUUAAUCACUAUAUGUUUGAGGCAAUAUGUUUAUCCAUAAGAAUAACUUGCAAGUCUAACCCUGCUGCUGUUGUAAAUUUUGAGGAGGCUUUGUUUCUGGUGUUUACUGAAAUUUUACAAAAUGAUGUACAAGAAUUUAUUCCGUAUGUCUUUCAAGUGAUGUCUUUGCUUCUGGAAACACACAAAAAUGACAUCCCGUCAUCCUACAUGGCCUUAUUUCCUCAUCUCCUUCAGCCAGUGCUUUGGGAAAGAACAGGAAAUAUUCCCGCUCUAGUGAGGCUUCUCCAGGCAUUCUUAGAACGAGGUUCAAAUACAAUAGCAAGUGCUGCAGCUGACAAAAUUCCUGGGUUACUAGGUGUCUUCCAGAAGCUGAUUGCAUCCAAAGCCAAUGACCACCAAGGUUUUUAUCUUCUAAAUAGUAUAAUAGAGCACAUGCCCCCUGAGUCAGUUGACCAAUACAGGAAGCAAAUCUUCAUUCUUCUGUUCCAAAGACUUCAGAAUUCCAAAACAACAAAGUUUAUCAAGAGUUUCUUAGUCUUUAUUAAUUUGUAUUGUAUAAAAUACGGGGCGCUAGCACUGCAGGAAAUAUUUGAUGGUAUACAACCAAAAAUGUUUGGAAUGGUUUUGGAAAAAAUCAUUAUUCCUGAAAUUCAGAAAGUAUCUGGAAAUGUAGAGAAAAAGAUCUGUGCUGUUGGGAUAACUAAAUUACUAACAGAAUGUCCCCCAAUGAUGGACACAGAGUACACCAAACUAUGGACUCCUUUACUACAGUCUCUGAUUGGCCUAUUCGAGUUACCUGAGGAUGAUACCAUUCCUGAUGAAGAACACUUCAUUGAUAUAGAAGAUACCCCAGGGUACCAGACGGCCUUCUCCCAGUUGGCGUUUGCUGGGAAGAAGGAGCACGACCCUGUGGGUCAGAUGGUGAACAACCCCAAGAUUCACCUGGCACAGUCACUGCACAAGCUGUCCACUGCCUGCCCGGGGAGGGUCCCCUCAAUGGUGAGCACCAGCCUCAAUGCAGAAGCGCUCCAGUAUCUCCAAGGAUACCUUCAGGCGGCUAGUGUGACGCUGCUUUGAACUGCCCUCUUUGAACUGGCUUAGUCCAGAAUGGCUUCUGAGGACAUCACGUAGGCACCUGAGCACAGCUGCAUUAAAACAACGCGUGUUCUUUCUGAACUUGUCCAUUAAAUGUUGUUUUAAGCUGAA